AUGCGGCAUACUUCCUUGAUCAGAUCUGGUUCAAUCCCCGAGUAUGCUUGCGGCACAGAUGAAGCAGAUGUGUUGAACAACGCAUUCCAGCUGAUUUUUGCAUUCGAUGAGAUCGUAGCUUUGGGAUAUCGCGAGGAUGUGAAUAUUUCUCAAAUUCGUACGUUCACGGAGAUGGAUUCGCAUGAAGAACGCGUAUUCCGUGCAGUUCAAGAAGUGAGUGCAUGA